UAUCAACACAUGCGUAUGCUUGGCCAUGGAGGAAGCGCAAGCGUGGAGCAAGUCCUCGAUCUCGUCACGGGCUCGGUGUUUGCACGAAAGAUUAUCAGAAACGUCUAUUCUCGUAAUGUUGAGGACGCGAAACGAAAGCUUCUCAACGAAAUUCGGAUCAUGCAACGCUUGCCCCAUCAUCACAUUGUUAGGGUACACUCAACUCGUAUCGAGGGGAGAGAGCUCACUAUGAUCCUCGACCCGGCUGCGGAUGGUGGAGAUCUGGCAAAUUAUUUGCAGAACUAUCGCGACCAAGGCUUCCACUCGCUCGGCGAGGACAUCAGCAAGGAGAAUGCACGUCAGAAUCGCGUUCUGCGUAGAUCAUUCGGCUGUUUAGCCUCCGCUCUGGAUUUCAUUCAUCGUCAAACUGUCAGACACAAAGAUAUCAAGCCGCAAAACAUAUUGAUCCACAAGGGAAAGGUCAUGUAUACCGACUUCGGCCUCUCGUACGAUUUCGGGGUUACCGGGCGAAGCACGACCACUGGUAAUCCACAAGGUAUCACUAGGAGAUACUGCGCACCGGAAGUGGCCGAGUGGGGGAGAAGGAAUACCAAAUCGGAUGUAUUUUCUCUUGGGUGUGUGUUCAUCGAGAUGGUUCUGGCGCUGGAGAAUGAUGCCUCCUAUGACCAGAUUUACGAAGGGAAUUUCCAAGAGAUUGUGCGGUCUUUU